CUAUUCUGCCUCAUCUGCCUGGGUUUCUCCAGCAAAGCAGACACACGCUUCCCCUUUGCCGUGCUAUCCUUCUUACUCUCACUCUCUUAUUCUCAGCCACUUCAGGGCAGAAGAUCUGCAGGCACAAUGUCAUUCGUGAAGAAAUCAUCCUACACUGUGAAGUCCUCCUCCUCUGCGGCUGCACCACGUAGCUUCAGCAGUCUCUCCUACUCAGGCCCCAGCCUGGGCCGACAGAGUUACACAGCGCGCAGCUCCUAUGGAGGAGUCAGGAGUGGCUUGGGAGGUGGGAGCUACAUCAGUAGCUCCACAGCCUAUGGAGGUGGCAUGGGUCUCGGUAUGGGAAUUGGUGGCGGAGCUGUGGCACCCAUCACAGCAGUGACAGUCAACAAGAGCCUCCUGGCCCCUCUGAACCUGGAGAUCGACCCUAACAUCCAGACCAUCCGCACACAGGAGAAAGAACAGAUCAAGUCCCUCAACAACCGCUUCGCUUCCUUCAUAGAUAAGGUACGCUUCUUGGAGCAGCAGAACAAGAUGCUGGAGACCAAAUGGAGCCUCCUCCAGGAGCAGACUACCACCCGUUCCAACAUUGACGCCAUGUUCGAGGCCUACAUUGCCAACCUCCGCAGACAGCUUGACAGUCUGGGCAACGACAAGAUUAAGCUGGAGGCCGACCUGCACAACAUGCAAGGCCUGGUCGAGGACUUCAAGAAUAAGUAUGAAGAUGAGAUCAACAAGCGCACAGAGGCUGAGAACGACUUUGUCCUCAUCAAAAAGGAUGUGGACGAGGCCUAUAUGAAUAAGGUCGAGCUGGAAGCCAAGCUGGAAAGCCUUACAGAUGAGAUCAACUUCCUCAGGCAGAUCUAUGAAGAGGAGAUCCGUGAGCUUCAGUCUCAGAUCAAGGAUACCUCAGUGGUGGUGGAGAUGGACAACAGCAGAAAACUGGACAUGGACGCCAUUGUGAGUGAGGUCCGUGCUCAGUAUGAGGACAUUGCCAACCGCAGCCGUGCUGAGGCUGAAACAUGGUACAAGACUAAGUUUGAGGAAAUGCAGACAUCCGCCAGCAGGUACGGAGAUGACCUCCGAUCAACCAAGACAGAGAUUGCUGAUCUCAACCGCAUGAUCCAGAGACUGCAGUCUGAGAUUGAUGCUGUGAAGGGACAGCGUGCUAACCUGGAGAAUCAGAUAGCUGAGGCUGAGGAGCGUGGAGAGUUGGCAGUGAGGGAUGCAAAGGCUCGUAUCAAGGAUCUGGAGGAUGCCCUGCAGAGAGCCAAGCAAGACAUGGCACGCCAGAUCAGAGAGUAUCAGGACCUGAUGAAUGUCAAACUGGCCCUGGACAUUGAGAUUGCCACCUACAGAAAACUCCUGGAAGGAGAGGAGGACAGACUUGCCAGUGGAAUCAAGGCCAUCAACAUCUCAAAACAAAGCACAAGCUACAGCUCCUUCCCUAUGGAGAGUGCUGGCAGUGCCUACAGCAGCUACUCCAGUGGUUACUCUAGUGGUUACUCCACUGGUUACGGUGGUGGCUUUGGUGACAGCAGCACAACCCAGAGCAAGAAGAACAUCGUCAUCAAGAUGAUUGAAACCAAGGAUGGCAGAGUUGUGUCCGAGUCUUCUGAAAUUGUCCAAGAUUGAGUGGAGAGUGCACUUUCCACUUCUGCCCUUUAACCUUGUCUCCCCUUUAACCUUGUCCAUUCCUCAUCCUUCCUCUAAACACGUAACAUAGCUGUCUGAAGUAACUAGUCGCAGAAGGAUACAGCCAUAAACCAGGCUGUAAACCAAUACAUCCUUAACUCUGACCAAAGGGUUUGAAAGGACCAAACUAUAUCAUUUCACGUUGUGCCUUAGGCUUGUUUCUGCAUAGUGCACUAAAAGAAAUACUCUCAGUCUGCUCACACAAGCUGUACUGUCUUGCACAACAUGUUCUCCAGUCAACAUCUAUGAGUUGGAGAAUGCUAGAUCUGCCACCAACAUGAGAAACUCCUGUUACUGUACUGAUUGCCCUGUGACAGUAUUCAGGUUUGAUUAUGAAGGGUUCAUAUUUGUGUUAAAGGCAAUCAUGUUUGUGGCAGAUCCAUGUUAUGCACCUGCUCUUUAGAAAAUGUCUUCCCCAAUGUAUUCUGUCUGAUGCAAAAGGAAAGUCCACAGAGUACCAAAAGGUGCUGUUUUUGCUACCAACAAUAAAGUGUUUACUUAAAAAUGUUUA